UAGACAUCAGACAGGCUGUAGAUGUCCCGUCCCGUCUGCAGCAGUCUGCCUCAGCACCUUGCCUGCCCGACAUGCCCUUGGAUAUUACCGGCCCUUCUCUUGCGAGAAACUACUGCAGAAAUAUAGAAAUCACUAAACACUAACAGAGGACAUCACAGUAGGACGGAGCGUACCUGGAUUCUUGACACUUUUACACUGCGUCUGAUCUAAAGGAUUCUUUUAGUCGGUCUAUACUUUUUUUUUGUACCGACUUUUCCCAAAUCGACGUGCAUGGAUCUAUCAUGGCUACGCUUGCAUGCAGGGUGCAGUUCUUAGAUGAUACUGAUCCAUUUAAUAGCACAAAUUUUCCGGAGCCGACCAGACCCCCACAAUUCACAUUCAGAGAGGAUAUUCCGCUCAUCAAUCAGAUCGCUGGAGUUCACAGACUUCUGAAAGCCCCACACAAGCUCGAUGACUGUGCUUUACAAUUGUCUCACAAUGGCAGUUAUCUGGACUUGGAGUCCACCUUGGCCGAGCAGAGAGAUGAACUUGAUGGAUUUCAGGAGGAUGGAGGGAGAGGAAAGAAGCACAGUAUACUCCUGAGAACACAGCUGUCUGUCAGAGUCCAUACCUGCAUAGAAAAGCUCUACAAUUCGACCGGACGUGAGCUGCGAAGAGCACUGUUCUCUCUCAAGCAAAUCUUUCAGGAUGAUAAAGAUCUGGUGCAUGAGUUUGUGAUGGCUGAAGGACUCACAUGUCUUAUUAAAGUGGGAGCUGAGGCUGACCAAAACUACCAGAACUACAUCCUUAGAGCUCUUGGACAAAUCAUGCUGUAUGUGGAUGGAAUGAAUGGGCUUAUCGGACACAAUGAAACUGUACAGUGGCUUUACACACUAGUUGGAUCAAAGUUCCGGUUGGUUGUUAAAACUGCUCUGAAGCUGCUGCUGGUUUUUGUGGAAUACACUGAGUCCAAUGCACCUCUACUCAUCCAGGCCGUCAACACCGUGGACACCAAGCAAGGCUGUAAGCCCUGGUCCAAUGCCAUGGAAAUCCUGGAUGAGAAAGAUGGAAUGGACACUGAGCUGUUGGUUUAUGCCAUGACCCUUAUUAACAAGACAUUGGCUGUGCUUCCUGACCAGGACACGUUCUAUGAUGUGGUUGACAGUGUGGAGGAGCAGGACAUGGAGGCCGUGGCCAAGAGACACGUCAACAGGAAGGGCACAGAUUUGGACCUAGUGGAACAGUUCAAUAUCUAUGAGUCAACCCUUCGUCAUGAAGAUGGUGAUGAUGAGACACAGCCUCCUCCAUCCGGACACAAAAGUCGGCGUCGGGCCAGCGUAGGGGCCACUCCUGAGAGGCGGGGUUUGGAACGUCGCCGCAGCCGAAGACACUCGCUCCAAAAUGGGAAAGGCCACACUUCUGCUCCUUCUUCCCCCUGCCACAGCCACAUGCCCAACAUACUUCCCCUCAAUGGCCAGAGGAUAGACGAUAUCAGUGAAAGAGAUGAGGAAGAGGAGGAGAAGAAUGAGGAGCUUCAGAAAACAGAGCUCUCUAGACAGGCAUCCGAAAGCUGGAUGCCAUCAACAGUAGAUGAAGCUUCUAGCUUGUGUUUGCCUUUAAAGUGCAUGGUCAACUUCAUUCCCAAUGCUGCUGAUACAGACAAUGAGGAAAACCUCCGGGACAGUCUGUCAGAUGUUAGAUACUCAAACACAUCAUGCGGUUCAUGUGGCAGCAAUGGCUAUGCAGGUACGUAUCCUCGCAGGUCAUCUGGGGUGUCCAGUGCCCCCUCCACACCCUACAACCGCUUCGGCCCCUCAGGAGGAACACCUGCAGACAGUAAGCCCGACAGGUCUACUCUAGGUGGAUUGUUAACCUCCUCCUACAGGCAGCACCAGGAGUCUCUAAAUGCUGAACGUGAGCGGAGGCGCCUGGAGAGAGAGGAGAGACUUCAGCGCAUUGAAAGAGAGGAGAGAAACCGUUUCAAUCGGGAUUAUGAGGACAAGAGAGAAGAGGUCAGACAAGCUCGAGAAGAAAGAUAUAAGCAAUUGGAGCGGCUGGCAGCAGAGGAAAACAAAAGGGAACAACCAAGAUCGACAACACGGGGGCGGACAGAAAUCACCCUCAGCCUGAGUUCACGAACCUCCAGCAGCUCAUUGUCUCGUUCUGCCACCCCUUUGACUGCAGAGGCUCAAGAGGAUAAACGCUCUGUUCCACAUCCAACACGAGGAACUGAGUCUGAGGCAAGCCGUCCGGUGCAGGCAGCAGUUGUGUGGCCUCCCUCAGAGCCUCCCUCUGCCUCAGUGUCUGCGCCUGUCUCACCCUCCAAACCAGAGGAGGAGCAGAGACCUGUGGAAAUGUCAGACAUCACGCUCUCUCUGUCUCCAACAAACUCUGAGACAGAGGAGAAAGCGGAGGAUGCUGACGCCGAAGAGUGUGAGGAAAUGGUGUUGAGUGGAAUGGAAGAUGAAAAGAAAGAAAAACCAGAAGGAAAAUUUGAGAAAGAUACUAAUGGAACGGGUACAGAGGAGUGUGUGAGAGAGCAGAUGUUAGAGAGGGAUGUAGAGGAGAGUGCCAUCCUGAGUGAGAAGGAAAGGCAGAAUGAGGAGCUGAAUGAGAAAGAUAACUGCUCUGCCUCCAGCAUCUCCUCAGCCAGCAGCACUCUGGAGAGAGAAGAACGAGAGGAGAAACACGUCAGUGACAGUGACUCAGGCAAGUGGGGAGACUGUAUGAAUACAGUGGAUGUGAACGAUCAGUGUAAUAAAGUUCUUAACAGCAAACGCUUCAUGCUGGACAUGCUUUAUGCUCAAAACAAGAAGGGAGAGGAAGAUGAGAAAGAAAAGGAGAAUGAGAAUGAGAAAGGGUGUUCAGGUCAGGACUCCUCUGUGACCAGCCUCGGUAGUUGCAUCUCCACUCUGGAGGUGCGUCGGCAAGCUUGCGAGGACAACAUGAAGAAAUUGGAAGUGGAUCAUCUGGAUAACCAGGGUAGCGUACGGGCUGUGGCCGAGAAAUUUGGAGAUUUGGUUAAAGGACUGGUAUCGCCUCAUGAGGUGGAGCAUUCUGGGAAGGAAAAGCAGCAAUCACAGGAAAAACCUCUGCCGGCUCCUUCACCAACACCCCCUAAAAAGGAGUCAGACCACAUAUGGGACCAGCUGAUGGCCACUCCACGGGAGCUACGCAUCAAAGAGCUGGACUUCACAGACUUGGGAGAGGAGGAUGAUGUGGAUAUUUUGGAUGUCGGUAACGUGAUCGGGUCAAGUGACCUCACGCCACCUCCUCCCCCGCCUCCCUUCUUGCCCAGCCUUCCGCCCCCGCCACCUUUAUUUGGAUGCCCUCCACCUCCCCCUAUCCCUGGCAUGAUGAUGUCCCCUCCACCACCUUUUUUGGCUUCAGUACCUCCUCCACAUCUCGGAUCUCCGCAACGUAGUCGAGGAGAACCCCCGCUCUUCCAGAAGAAGAAGAAGACCAUCCGGUUGUUUUGGAAUGAGGUCAGACCUAUAGACUGGCAGUACAGCAACCACAAGAGAUGCAGGGAGUCACUGUGGUUCAAACUUGAUCCAGUCAAACUGGACACAGCCAAGUUGGAAAACCUCUUUGAGACGAAGUCCAAGGAGCUGCCAGUUACAAAGAAAACAGCAGCAGAUGGGAAGCGUCAGGAGAUCAUCAUUCUGGAUUCCAAAAGAAGUAACGCCAUCAACAUUGGCCUGACGGUCUUGCCGCCUCCUCGCACCAUCAAAACAGCCAUCCUCAACUUUGAUGAGUAUGCCUUGAGCAAAGAGGGCAUAGAGAAAAUCCUGACAAUGAUUCCUACGGAGGAGGAGACGCAGAAGAUUCAGGAGGCCCAGCUGGCGAACCCUGACACUCCGCUAGGCAGCGCAGAGCAGUUCCUCCUCAUUCUGUCCUCCAUCAGCGAGCUGUCCGCCCGCUUGCAGCUUUGGGCCUUUAAGAUGGACUAUGACGCUUUAGAGAAGGAAGUAGCAGAGCCACUACAGGACCUGAAGGAGGGCAUGGACCAAUUAGAAAAGAAUAAGACCCUCUGCUACAUCCUUUCAACUCUGCUAGCUAUUGGCAACUUUCUCAAUGGGACCAAUGCUAAAGGCUUUGAACUGAGUUACCUAGAGAAAGUUCCUGAGGUGAAGGACACCGUUCACAAACAGUCUCUACUGCAUCACGUCUGCUCCCUCGUCGUGGAGAAGUUUCCAGAGAGUUCAGACCUCUACUCUGAGAUUGGAGCCAUUACUCGCUCAGCUAAGGUUGACUUCGACCAGCUGCAAGAAAACCUAUGUCAGAUGGAACGCCGCUGCAAAGCAUCCUGGGACCACCUGAAGGUCAUUGCCAAACACGAAAUGAAACCAGCCCUCAAGCAGCGCAUGUCGGACUUCCUUAAAGACUGUGCAGAAAGAAUUAUCAUCCUUAAAAUUGUGCAUCGCCGCAUCAAAAACAGGUUUCACUCAUUCCUGCUGUUCCUGGGCCACCCACCGUACUCGAUACGAGAGGUGAGCAUCCACCGCUUCAGUAAGAUUCUGAGUGAAUUUGCACUUGAGUACCGCACCACCAGAGAGCGAGUGCUACAGCAGAAACAGAAACGAGCCAAUCACCGCGAGAGGAACAAGACACGGGGCAAAAUGAUCACAGAGAGUGGGAAGUUUGCAGGAACUCCUCUGGAGGGUCAGGAGUGUCAGCCGCAGGGCCUGGGCUACACGGAGAACGCAGCUGAACAUGAGCAGAUGACUGCUGUACUUCGUACCAGCCUGCAGAGCGGCGAUAGUCCAUCCUCUGUACUCCCCGGCCUCCGCACACGCACUCGAGCCACUCGAGGCCAUACGGCACUUUUGUCUGCUGCAAAUGAAGACACUUCUAAUUGCACAAAUGAUACAGCGGAUGAGAUCAUGGAACGGAUUGUGAAAUCAGCCACUCAGGUCCCCAGUCAGCGCACACAGCCCCGCGAGAGGAGACGCUCCAGAGCAAACCGCAAAUCCUUAAGAAGAACACUGAAGAAUGGUCUUACGCCAGAGGAGGCGCAGGCACUGGGAUUGGCCAGCAGCUCUGAGAUGCAAGUGUGAGACAGCAGCCACUCAGGGUCUCGGCACACACAUAUAAACACAAAUGAGCUGGAACAGGUCACUGUAACUUGAGUUUGCUUGAAUCUGGAGCAGGUGCAUGUUUCUGGGUUUGUGUUUUAAAACGGUUAUUGCCGUGGACAAUUUGUAUUCUCACAGGUGAAAGGGAUUAUAAUCACUAACCCAUUAUACUCUACUUAUCCUGGAAUGUGUAGUCAGACCUUACUCCAUUUACUAGCUUAUGCAUUUUGUCCCAAGAGGAUCAUUGAAACUACUCCUGUUCACUGUUCCUGCAGACUGUUGAUGAUAUCCCAAACAUCCGUCUUGUUGCAUUUUUGAAAGAGAACAAGCACAAUGUCCUGAUGCACAACAUUUAUAGACACGCACACACACACACACACACACACACAGAGCCUGUAGAAUGCUGAUUGUCCAGUUCUCCAGUACAGAGACCAAUGUCCGUCUCUUACCGCUGUGGCCUUCGGAAUGAUCCCAAAGAACUGUGUUUAAAGAUGACUGGAUGCCCUCCCACCAUUUUUGUUUGUACUGGCUGUUUUGUUGAAUUAAGAAGGUAUUGAAUAGUAGCACCUUUUGCGUUCCUAUCUCAUGUAAAUCAGCAGCGAUUCUUCUCUGGUUUACUGCUGUGGUAAAACUUGUUUGUGUUUGUUUUAGCUGUUUUAAAAGAGCAGGGCUUCUUAUGUUAGGGAGAAAACACACCUUAAAAGCUUUUCUUUAAUUUCUGCUGUACCCUGAAGUCUCCUUUUGUGAUCGAAACCUGUUUAGCUUGGAUAAAGAUGAUCAAAUUACUUUGCACACAGAUGAGAACAAACUAGAAAGUCGUCUUUCUCUUUUUUCCCUCCAGCUGUGUCAUUUCCUCAUACAUAAUCUCUAUAGUAAUACAUUCAUUUCAUAACUUGCAACAUGCAAAAUUAGACAAUUGUCUAUUUAAAUUAAAGAACUUGUAUCCAUAUUUGUUUUUUUUUUGUUUUGUUUUUUAAAUGAUGGCAUUAUCAAAUGAGUGCCUUGAAGAAAUGUGUUUUUGUGAGAAUCUGAUUAUUUAGUCAGGAAAGGAAGGAAGGGAGAGAGAAACAUUCAGAUUUUAGGGCAUUUCAAAGGAUAUAUAGUUGACCCAAAAAUGUAAAAUUUUGUCAUUAUUUCCUCUACAUUAUUCUAAACCCAUCUGGAUAAUUUGGAUAC